ACCAAGUUUAAUUGGCAAUCAUGGACCACACUGUGUACUACUACUGCCUUGUAGCUCUUCUUCCACUUGUGUACUUCCUUCUGAAAUCGUUGGGAUGUCGUAGCCACCGUAGACUCCAGCUCCCUCCAGGCCCGUGGCAGCUCCCUAUCAUCGGCAGCAUCCACCAUCUCCGUGGCUCCCUCGUGCACCGUGCUUUGCGGGACCUGUCGCUCCGCCACGGCCCUCUCAUGUUGCUCAAGUUCGGCGAGGUUCCGGUCGUCGUGGCAUCCACGCCGGAUGCCACAAAAGAGGUGAUGAAGACACACGGUGCCAUCUUCUCCACGAAGCCACUGAGCUUCACCAUCAAGACGUUCUCCAAGGAUGGCCUGGGCAUCGCCUUUGCGCCGUACGGCGACUACUGGCGUCAGCUUCGCAAGAUCUGCAUCAUGGAGCUGCUUAGUGCUAGGCGCGUCCGGUCCCUACGGCCCGUGCGCGAGGAGGAGGCGCUCCGGCUAGUCCGAGCAGUCUUGUCCUCGUCCUCGUCCACCAUGGCAGGAGGAGCUGCACCGUCGCUCGUGGACCUCGGUAAGCUAGUCGCCAUGUACGCCGCCGACGCGUCGUUGCACGCCAUCAUGGGCAGGCGGUUCAAGGUCAAGGACAGGGACACAUUGCUGUGCUACUUGGACAAGGGCAUCCGGCUGGCCGCCAAGUUCACGCUCAGAGACCUGUUCCCGUCGUCGUGGUUGGUUCGCGUUUUGAGCUGGCGAGCGGUUCGUGAGGUAGAAGCCUACCGCCACUCCUUUUUUGCCUUCAUGGAUGAUGUGGUAGGCGAACACCUAGAGCGACGAAGGUCAACUGAAGAAGAAGAGGAGGAGGAGGAGUAUCUGAUUGACGUUCUCCUCCGGAUCCAGAAGGAAGGGAACCUUCAGUUCCCUCUCACCAUGAGAAUGAUCCAAGCGGUGAUACUUGAUCUUAUUGUAGGGGGUAUCGAAUCAGCGACGACAACGCUGCAGUGGGCGAUGGCUGAGCUGAUGAGGAACCCAGGUAUCUUGUCCAAGGCACAAGCCGAGGUCAGGAGAGUGUUCAUGGGCCAAACCAAGGUAGCCGAAGAUCGACUAGGCGAACUAUCCUACCUGCAGCUGGUCAUCAAGGAGACCCUGCGACUGCAUGUCCCGGGGCCGCUGCUGAACCCAAGGGAAUGCCAGGAACAGUGCCGUAUACUUGGCUACGAUGUGCCCAAGGGAGCCAUGGUGCUCGUGAACGCCUGGGCCAUCGCUCGGAGCCCGGAUUACUGGGUGGAGCCAGAUAUGUUCCACCCGGAGAGGUUUGUCGGUGACACGAGAGAUUUCAAGGGCAAUGACUUCGACUUCAUCCCGUUUGGCACUGGGAGGAGGAUCUGCCCUGGAAUGGGGUUUGGGCUGGCAAACAUUGAGCUCGGUCUCGCCAGCUUGCUCUUCUAUUUUGACUGGAGUCUCCCAGAGGGCAUCAUUCCCAGUGAGCUGGACAUGACCGAGACCAUGGAGGUCACUGCUAGAAGGAAAGCAGACCUCUUGUUGUCUGCUACUCCGUGUGUCAAACUGCCCAGUUGAUUACCUCGCAAAACAUGCUCAGGUAUAUAUAUAUAUGUCCCCAAAAAGGAAAAUCAUCCAAGAAUAACUGCAUGCUGCCUAAUUGGUGUGAAUUUGGGCUCCAGGAUAUGUGGGGAUGAGAUUCACUGAACCAACAUUUUCCCAUAGGUAUAUGUUUGAUGCGUGAUUUAAGGAAACAGUCGUAGUUGAUUCACAUAUUUACUAUUUAUUGUUUGUGCAAUUGUGUUCACUCCACAGUUCCAAAAAGAACUUCUUCGAUUGACAAUGUAUAACUGAUUUCACAAGGAUCAUCUAAGCUGGUGGAUAUCAUCACAUAAACUUAAAUUCCUAUGGUCUUCGACUCAGGAACUGUUACUUAUAUUUCAACUCGUGGUUA